CAUUUCUUACACUACAUGAUCACGCACGCUCCGCCGGGCACCCGCCGCCUCACAUUUUUCGCUCUCCUGAACUUAAUUUUGCGAAUAUCGAGGUCAAAACUGAAAUUAAAACUUUGUAUGCCACUGAAAUUGUCAACUACUUUCGUGACAUUCAAGGAAACUUGUAAACAGUUUCUCAGUGUCCGCAAAACAGUCGCCAACUAUACAAUAUCUAAACCGUGUAAAGAGAAUCAUCUUACUAUUGUUCAAGGUAAACAAAAUACAGGCAUGGACUUUAUAAUGGAUGUGCAAAAAUUGCACGCCGAUAUUAAUUGGUCGAACGGCGAUAUUAAUUAUUAUAAUUUCUUUCAUCCAAAUAUUUGUCACGUUUGCAAAAGUAAAAAUAAUGGCGUUUUAAUAUUAUGCAAUAAGUGUUACAUGAUCUCUUACUGCAGUGAAAGACAUAAACAGAAGGAUUGGGAAGAACAUCAGCAAUUUUGCGCGUAUAUAACAGAAUUCGUAAAAGAGAACAGUAGCAUGAAAUGGCGCUUUUGUCGUUUAGAAACGCCCGAAUGGAUUGAGACAAGAAGAAAAUUUUUGUAUGUAAUCACGCAACGGUUUCCACGUAGUCUGGAACAGUACGAAAUACAAAUGAUUACUUUCGCAAAAUCAUGCCUUAUUUGUCAUCAACAGAUUAAUAUACAACCCUGUAUAAGAUGCUAUUCCGACAAUUUUUGCCCUAUUCAUAUGGAAGUAUUUUUCAACAAUCACGCAUCAAAAUGCGGAGAGUUGAUGUUAUGUCUCAAUCUAGAUAUCCUAAAUAUCAUACCUACAGAUUAUAAAAGAUUAAUUGAAUUUCCUAAUAAAUCGAUACUUCCCGAUAACAUGCUUGAAUUUGUUCUCAAUUGUGUGUACUGUUCUUAUAGGAACUUGGACAAUUGUAACCGAGUUUUUACAAAAUUCGCAUAUUUCUGUUCCGAUUAUGUAUCAGGACCAUUCACGUUAUUUGAUGGAAUGAGAAAAGCACAGUUAUUAGAUCUUCCUAAUAUGGCAGGACCUCAAUGUGUUAUCCACGUCAUAUCAGCAAAUACCAUUGAAAAUAAAUAUAUGAAGGCUUGGGAACUUCUCCAUCAUCUUUUGUAUAGGAUAAAGAAGUUAACAAUUGUACUGAUAGGAGAAGAAUUAGAAACUCAAAAUAUAAAUUUGGAAAGUUGUGACAGCUGCAAGUCUCGAAAUCAGAGGAUUAAUGUCGUAUGUCGUCCUGGAUCUUAUCAAGAGUAUACGAGUGACCCAAUGUUUCAGCAACCAAAUAUAAUCGUAAUAUUUCAAGCACAUUUUGAUACAACAAACACAUGGCAAGAAGAUAGCUUAUUAACACCGCAACGUAUGAACUGUCCAUAUAUUCUAACAGCCGGAUCGCAAUCUAUAGCGGUAGAGAACAUAAUUAACAUACAAAAGAUUAUAAAUAUAAAUCCUGUAUAUAACAAACCAAACAAUUUUAAGUCUUUUUAUCCAUGCAGACAGUUGCACACUGACAAUGUAGGUUAUCGUAAUUCGCAUAUAACUGUGUAUCGGAAUUUAUAUCUUUCAUAAAAACCAUUCUAAACGAUGUGAAGCCCUCUUAUGCAAUUCUCACAUCAUUUGGAUAACAUUAAUACGGAAAAUAGAAAAGACAAAUUAUUCUUAUGAAUUAUAAAUAUUUUUAUAAUAUAUAAUCUAGUUUUUAUGAAUUAUGGAUAUUUCUAAUAAAUGACUUAUUUAUGUA